CAAAACUUUAUUUGAAUCAAUGAUUGAUAAUCAUCAAUCGAUUAUUACGGAUUUGCCAGAUGAAAUUAAUUGGCUUGAAUUAAUGCAAUCAAUUGAUGACAAGUAUUCCAAUUAUUUGGUCAAACAAUGCCAAAAUGUUUGCAAGUUUUUGAAAACUCGAUCCGAUUGCCGUGAUAAGAUAUUGAAUAUAUUUUUCUAUCUAUUAUUAGAUAUUGAACCAAAUUGUUCUGUACAAUUAUUUCUUCUGAAGAAAUUGAACAAAGAAAAUGUAUAUAAAUUAUUUACUAAUCUUGUUGAAUCAUCAAUAAUUGGCAUCGAAUACUUGCCAUCGAAUGCUGAACGAAUUCUCGUGAAUCUUUCGAUUCUUUUCAAUCAUAAUUUAAUCAGUAAAGAUUUUGGAUUUUUAUCCAAACUUAUCGAAGCAAUCUUUCGAUUUCAUCGGAUACGUCGCAAAAAUUUGGAUCUCUAUUGUCAUGAAGAUUCUACUUUUUCAUCAACUGAUUUAUUCGGCAAAUUUUCAUUUUAUUUUGACAAUGAAUUCAAAUUGGCAAGCUUAAUUCUUAAUUGGAUGCGUAAAAAUGUUGAAAAAUUAAAUCCAGAUUUUAAAUGCACGCUUCGAGCAUAUUAUAGAUCAAUAUCGUUAUUGUUGAAACAAUAUUUCUUUACAAAUACCGUAUUGAUACAAGGUUGCCUUGUUAUCAUUAAUGCUUGGUACCUGUUGUAUUCAAAUGAUGAAUUAUCCGUAUUCCAUGAUAAUAUCGAACCAUUAUCGUUGGAGUUCAAUAGCGAAUUUUUCAUGACAUUAUUAUCGACAUUCCUAAUGGAAUCAUUUAAAUCACCAGCAUUACUCACAUUGAAUAUUGGAAAUUUGAUAAAACAAAUGUUAACGAUCGAUCAUUGUGAUUCAAAUUUCGUCUACCAUCUUGCAUUACUUCAAUUCAAUUGGGCUAAAACAAUCAAAUUUAUUGUCGAAAAUCAUCGUGCUAAAUUAUCAUCGACUAUCAUUGAAAUUGUUAUUCGACAAGAUGUGAAUGAAAUGUUAAAUUUUUCAAUCCAAAAUUGGUCACAUACAAAUGUUGAUUACAUUUUUUCCACUGCAUCAUUAUCUAUACAAAUUUUAAGAAUCAUUUCUAUGUCAUCUUGGUUCGAAUCUUAUCUCAUCAAUCAAUUAUAUCCAAAAUUCUGUGAAUUGAAUCAUUCCGAUUUUCGUUUAUUUUGCAUUAUAUCUGAUUCGAUUGGUAUAAAAGAGUUUGGAAAAAUUUUUCAACAUUUAUUACGAAAUGAAUAUAGUUUAUUGAAUUCUAUGGAAAAAUUAUUAUCAACAGUUUCAAUUUCUUCAUAUGAUAAUGAUACGAAUGAUGAUGAUGAUGAUGAUGAUGAGAAUUUGUUUAUAAAUGUUUCAAUACGAAAUAUUGAUUUUGUUGAAUACUUAUCAAUAAGAUUAAAGUUAUUUUAUCCAGAACAUAUCGAUAUUCUUUGUGAUGAAUUUCUUAGAUUAUUACAAAAAUCGCCUUAUCGACAAUCACAAUAUUUUCUUAAAAUUAUUCUUCCAAAACUUUUUCAACAUUUUCCAUCAUCAAAAAUGAUUGUCAAACAAAUAUUCACAUACGUAUUUAGUGUUGGUGAUGAACAAACAUUAUGGACAAUGAGGCCAGAUUUAAUUUUGCUAUUGCUACAAUUAAAUCAAAAGGAAAAUUUACAAAUUAUUGAUGAGAAAAAUGCUGUUCAAAAUUUUGCCGAAAAAUUUGCUCUUCAAUAUAUCAAUAAUAAUGAUGAUGAUUUACGGUUACAUACAUUACGAUUGUUAAUCGAAUCGAAAAUGAACAAAAAAGAUGAAUUGAAUCAAAUAGAAUUAAAUCUUAUAUAUCGGCUAUUCAAAAAUUGCGACACCAUUCAACGAGCAUAUGGUCGUGAUCAGUUAAUCAAGUUGUUUAGAAUAUUAUUCACUAGAAUUGCUCGAGCGAUCACCACACAACAUAAAAGAAACAAAACGGAAUUUGUUGGAAACAAUCAAAUCUAUUAUGAUUUCAUUCAAAUGAUAUGCCGAUAUUGUUUUGAUAAUCUACAUAUAAAUCGAUAUUUUGGUUCAUUGUUGAUUUAUUUACAAAUUUUACAUUUAUUAGUCGACAAGUUACUUGUAUCGACUAAACCGUUAUUAAUUAUGCUACAAGAUUCAUGUAUCACACCUGUUGAUCGCCAAUCCUUAAUGUUCAUGCUUCAACAUAGUUUACAAGAAAUUCGAACCGCUGCCAAAGAUUUCAUUGUUUCAUGUUAUCACUUGAAGCUUAUAGCAUUCACACAAAAUGAAAUUAAUUUUCUCAACAAAUGGUCCAAAACAAUGUUACAAUCCAUCCAGCCUAGAGAAUCACAAAUCGGUGUCAUUCUGAAACAGCUUACAGUUUCUCUUGAUGAUAAUAAUGGUUAUUCUUCACAUUUUGAUGUAAUUCAAACAUUGAUUAUUGAAUUAAAUCAAAGAAUCGCAGUGAUUAAUGUAAAUAUAACAAAUUCUUGUACAUCACCAUGUUAUCCAUUGCUUUUAGCCAUACGAACAUUACUGUGCAAUGAAAUUGAUUUGAAUAAAUUAAAAUCUGAUCUUCAAAAUGAUGAACAGAAAUUGUCUUCUUGGAAAAUUUUAUUCAUCCAAAUGAUCGAUUCAUGUAUGGCUGCUUGUGAAUCGAUCAUAUCGAUUGUCUGUAAUGAUUCACCAGAAGGUCACUUACCAGCUGUAGAAAAUUUAGAGAAUAUAAAUUUUGAUUUUCAUGAUGAUCAUAUAAGUGAAUUGUAUAUGAUAUCACAAAUGCUUUUGAUAAACGGUUGGAUGACAAUCAAAGAAUCAGUUCUUAUUAUAAGUCACUUGGUAAAUUCGUUUCCAUAUCAUCGAUCGGCAAAUGAAACGAUAAUAUCUUGUGUAUAUAUCGAUAAAAUUAUUGAUUUUUUAUACAAAAAUCAACUAAACCUUGUACAUCGUGGAGCAUUUGAACAAAGUUCACAAGGAUUCAAUCAUCUUAUAGCAUCAUUGUUGAAGAAUGAAUGUAAAAUAUGUAGAAAAAAAAUUGAAUCAAAAAUUGAUGAAAUCAAAAAACGUUUACAAAAACGGGAAGAUGAUGGAAUGUUUCCAACUUAUGUUUCGAUUACUCGUCGGAGUGCUGGACUUCCUUUCAUUAUACAAUCAAUUAUUGCUGGCGAUCUAAAUGGCGUUUAUUGUUCAACAUUUAUCGGAACAUUGGUCGAUAUAUUGGAUACUGAAAAAAUUGAUCAAAAUAAUCAAAGACAAUCAUGGCAAAUUAUUCAUUCAUUGAAUAUUUUAAAAUCACUGAUACAUGAUAAUCGAUUAUCAUCGGUGACAGCUAUUUGGAUUGAAAAAUUAUUUAAAAUAAGCAUUUUAUGGUUUAAACGUGAUACAUAUAAUCAUUGUCUUCAUGAUUCUAAUUCUACAAAUUUUGUUUAUUCAAUACAGAAUUCCACCUCAUUGUUAUUGUGUUCAUUGAUAACAAAGGUUUUUGGUGUGAAACGUAAUCGUUUAGAUACAAGUCGUAAAAAUCGAAUGUCAUCAUUAUCAUUCUUUCAAAGUUAUCCAACACUUUAUUCAUUCAUUUUACGACAAUUAGAAUCACCACAAAUUGGCUAUGAUCAUUCACAGUUAUUGUUCAUAAAUCCUAUUCUUAUAAUAUUGUCCAAAUUGAUUAUUUCGAAAAGUGCAAAUAAUGUUUAUGAUGCAAAUAAAUUUUUGCCACUAAUUAAGAAUAUUAUUUACGAAUGUCGUGAUGCUCGUUUACGUCGUUUAGCUGUUCAUACCUAUAGUCGAUUAUUAUCAUCAAAUAGCUAUUCAAAUGUUAUUAUCGAUUUGAAUGAAAAAUUGAUUGAAAAUGAAAUAAAAACAAAAAAACUAAAUCAUUUACAUGGUUUAGCAAUGCUGGUGGCUGAAAUUUCUCGAGAAUUUUGUCUACAAACAAUGAAUUCAAACACAGAAUCUAAAGAUUUAUCAUCUUCCUCGUUAAUCAAAUUGUAUGAUAAUCUGAUGGAAAUAUUUAAGAAUCAAUGGAUCAUGAACGGCCUAGUAUUGGGAAUACUUCAUCAAGCUCAUUAUAGAAUCUUUGUAUGUUUGAAAUCAAAAAAUGAAUCCAUUGUUUUUAAAGAUCACAUCGUAAUACUCGAAGAAAAAUUGGUCAAACUAAUCACAAAUAACAAUGUACAAGAUGAUUAUAGCGUCAAUUUAAUUAUCGAUUAUCUCAUCCAUAGUUUUAUUGAUUCAACUUAUCAAACAUUUUUCUCGACACUCAACAUGAUCGUUGCAAGCGAAAAAGCUUUUGAAGCAAAAUUGACUCUUUGGUACUGGCUCAAUAGUAGAAUACUAUUGAAUGAUAAUGAUGUGAAACUGGACCGUUUGGAAUUAAAUCUUUUGAAAUUCAAAUUAUCAAAUUUGGAUACUAUAUACAUUGAUAACAUAGAAGAAUCUAUCAGAAUUCAAAAAUAUUUGGCCAAAAAUUUUAAUCAUCAAAUCAGAUUAGAUCAAGAAUGUAUUUAUAGCCUCAUUCAAAAUUCUAUUGAAAUAGAUAAGUUUUUCACUGUCCAAAAUUUGAAUGUUUUCAAUAAUGUUGAAUUGCUUAUUUUAAAUGAAAUAUUUAUUCUUAUUUUCAUUGCAAGAAGAAUUGGACUUUUCAUUGAUAUGAAUGACAUUGUCAAAAGGCUUGCAAAUUCAAAUGUAUAUUCUUUUUUGGAUCUAGCCUUGGAAAUGGAUGAAAAUGACACUUUAUUAUUACUAAUUGAACAAUGUAUUGAAGAUUUUGAUGAACCGAUUUUGAAUUCAUCAGUAUGGUCUAAAUUUGUAGAUAAUAUCGAAAAUCUAGCUGCAAAACUGGAAAAUAUUUCCGAUCGUUUGACAGCCAUCUAUUGUAUUGGCAGUUGUGUACGAAAAUUUCCAUUUUCCAAUCUAUCUACUAAUCAAGAUUCAUAUGAUAUUUUGGUUCGAAUUUCUAUUCAAUUUAUUCAACUUUUACAAGAUAAUGAAAAAAUUAUUCGCAAUGCUUCCGUCGUGCAAAUUACAAAAUUAGCUACCAUGUUUCUAAAUGAAAUGAAUCAGAAUAUGUCACCACAAAAAAAUUGUAUCCGAUUAUUUGUACAGAUUAUGAUGACAGGAACCGAAAAUCAAAAUCGAAUCCAACAAACAAUUCGAGCCAUUUUCCAAAUCGCUUUACAUUUUCUUGCCAAUGACAAUACAUUAGAAUCUUGUUCAUCGGCCAGAUUAUUCGAUAAAACAAAAAUGAACAUUUUCAUUGAUGAAUAUUCAAUAUGGAUGGAUUUAAUUGAUGAACUUUACUUAUAUUGUCAACAGCAGCAAAUUAUCGAAUCAAAGCUUCAUAACAUUACAUUGGAAAUAUUUCUCAAACAAUCUGAUGAUUAUAUAUGCAAACAAUUCGAAAAAAUUGAAUCAGAAUUAAAUCAUGCAAAAGAUCUGGAUGAUGAAAAUACAGAAUUCAUCUAUAGCGAUCGAUCAAUAAGACGGAAAAAAUUUUUACAAUUAUUUCAACGAUUAAUUUAAAAAAACAAAUUAUUUAUGAAUUGUAGAAUUUUUUUUUUUUUGUUGAAAACACACAAGGGGAUUUACAAAUUUUUUUUUUGUUCUCAUAAUAAUAAAUUGCAUUAUUAAAGAUUUCUUGAUUAAUUAUUAAAAUUGAAAUGAAGAAUAACUAUUCGAAUGUUUCGAUUUCGUCUAAAAUUUUUUUUUUUUUUGGACACCGCAAAAUCAGCACAAAAUUCAUAAAAAUUUUCAUGUUUCAUGCAAAAUUAUCUAGACUAGUUUCUUAUAAUGAUAUAAAAUUCAAAUUGGAAUGCAACCAAGACCGACGAUCGAGAAAAUCGAACAAACGAAUUGGAAA